GCCGCGGUGGACGCUGGGAAAAUUUUGCUUCCAAUAAUAUAGCAUCAUGGCGUCAAACUGGCACCAAUGUAGGUUUAUCAUAGCUUACAAAUAAACAAACGCGUGUUAGAUGAUUAAACCAGUAUGCAGGUUGUGUGCAUGCCGCUUGUCUGGUUGCACUGCACUGUGUAGCAGAGUAUACCUGAUAACCGGUGUCAUCUCACUGAAGGACGGGAGUAAAAGUUAGCUAGCUUUGAGCAGAGUAGCAGUUAGCGCUCGGUGUAGCCGCUGGAGCGAAAGGCAGAUAGAUAAGGGGCUGAACGGGCGGAGCCGACACGAGUGCCGCUUUAGUUCCUCGAAUUGCAGCAUGACAGGAUGAUGUAGGCUAUACAAGCGGCUAGAGCGUAGUCGAAACGUCGGUUACUGAGUUUUAAUGUUUGUCAAGUUAAGGGUUUUCUUCGGGGGAGAGACAUGGGAUCAGGGGCCCUGGAUUCGACCCAGUGGUUGUCGGUGAAGGAAGAGACUAUUUUCCUUCACGAUGGGCUGAUGCGGGUCACAGACCUCGCCGAACUGCCAAGCGAACUUGGAGUGUCUGAGCAGGGAGACACCGAGCAGGAGAUCCUGACCUUUGAAACCAAGAAUCCAGUGGAGUUAGCUGAGCGCUUGCGUUCCGUCUGUGGAAACCAGAGCAACGCUUAUGCACGUCUCCUGGAGUACCGGCUCAAUGCCCUGCGAGGCCUAUGGGGGGCACAGCGACAGGUGGCCCUGGAAGAGCAGCAAGAGCGAGAUGGUGCAGCAGCAGGAGCUGGCACCGGAGCAGGCACCGAUGAAGAGACACUGACCCUCCUGAAGCGUCAAGGCCUCCUGCAGCAGCAGUACCAGCAAUCUCAUCACCAUCCUCCACUGCCCUCUAACACAGACCAAGCUCCCUUCACAUCACGUGUGGGUUUACUGCUCAUCUUCCCCCUGUUGCAGUCACAAACCCACCAUGACCCAGCACUUGCUGGUGUCACUGCCGAGGUACUGCUGGCUUGUCUGCGUGACUGCCAGCCGCUUAGCCUAGGCAAGGAGCCUGCCGACUGCCUCAGUGGCUUGGAGGGACUUCUGUGCUCAUGGCUGGAGCAGGGAGAUGAUCAAGCAGCAGUAAUGCAGGAAAAGCCACUGCUGACACAAAGACAGAGGGAGAAUGCAGCUGCUGCGCUUGUGGCGUUAGCAUGUGCCAGGGGCUCUCUGAAGACAUUCAUUCACACAGUUCACCUGCUACAGAAACAGACAGACUUAGGGCAGCUUCCUGUGGCAGAUGUCCUCUAUAGACUAAUUCUUCUGGAAGGGGGUCCAGGUUCCCCAUCUUGUUUGCUGGGGGGAAAGCACAAUGUCUCAUGGGGUUUUGAGGACAUGCUUCCCACACCAGAUUGCAGUGCUGCAGGAACAGAGAGUAAAGACACAGACCUAGGCCGGUGCUUGGCUACAGAUGGGUUAUACCUCUAUACCACUAACUCAUUUGGUAGAGGUUUGAGCAAGCUGGGCUCCGGCCUCCAUGGAACCCUGAGAGGUUUUGUUUACUGUAGAAAUGAAGAGCUAGAGGCUGGUUGGGUAGUACACAGCAGUAGUUAUCUCCUUCAUCGUCCUGCCUCAUUUGACACUAAAUCUCAUCAGCUGUGCCAGGUCAUAGACCCUUACACUUUACAAGUAUGCCAGAUUGUGCCCAUGCCUCCUCACCUCUUUGCGGUGGGCAGCAGUUUGACCACGCUGCAUGUGUGCUCGGAUGGUACCUACAUCUACUGGGUGUGGUCACCUGUCAGUCUCAACGAAAAGACCCAGAAAGGCCACUCUGUCUUCAUGGAUGUCUUCCAGUUAGCGAUUGAGUCCGGGCUGUGUGUGGCCAGUGCUGUCCGGGAGCGAGUGAUCUUGUCACGAAAAGAGGGGGAGUCAUCAAAAUGUCUGAAUGAGCUGCUGAUGAGUCGCAUGUCUCGUUUCCGCACCUCUCACUCGGCCACGCUUGCUGCCCUCACUGGCUCCACCAUCACAAACCCUGUGAAAGAGGAGCAAACUGGUAAAUUCACACUCGUAGUAAAUGCUAGCUGCGGUCUUCCUCUUAAGACUUUGAGGAAAACACCCAUGUAUGUCUGUGGGACCUACCUGGUAAUGCUGGCCUCCCCUCCUGGUGUAGCUGGGAGUUCUGCGACUCGCUCACUUUUUGGUGGAUCCAGUGGCCUUUCUUCCCUUAAGAUUCUGACCUCUAAUUUGGUGUUUAACUUGAAUGAUGGUCAGUUUGUCAGUCGUGUAGACCUGAUUGAUGCCCCUGGCAGUUCUUUGGGUCGUGGUGCUCAAGUGGCAGGGCUAGGGGCCAGCUAUGAUGCUCUUAACAACUUGAUCUGGACAUGCUCUAGCGACUACAUGGAUCAGUGGUCAAACCCAGGCAACCAAGCUUUUCAUCACGUGUGCAAACGGCUUGGCUUCAGCCAUGUCAUCAGAGAGCCCAAAGAAGAGAUGGUGGAGAUGGGUGAAGUAAUCAGUCAGCUGCUACACCACGUUGGUGCCAUGUGCAUCCACCAGCAGAACCUGUUGGCUGCUAGUGUCAGCUCACCUCUGAGCUCCUUCCUAAACAAACAGCAGCCAAUGGAAGCCUGCCACUUUAGUGCCAUCUGUGACAUAAUGGAAAAGGCCAUGGUGAAUUCUGACAUCUGCAUCAUCCGCUGCAUCCUUGUGGUCUUUCAGGUGGUGUUUCGGUUCUUUAACCCGCAGUCAGAGCAGAACCGAGAAAGUAUAAGACGUUCUGGAUUGCUUCUGUGGCAGCUACUCAUGGCCCCUAUUGAUCAGAUAGGGGCAGAAAUCCAAAGAGAAGUUUGCCUGGCUAUCAGCUUUGGCUUGAAUAUCUUGUAUCAGGGAGAGAUGGAACUGAAUGACUUGUUAAAACUGGUCCUCACUGAAGGUGAGAGAAAUAGUGGUUUGUCCCAGUUGCGUGAUAUUAUUCUUAACAACCUUACUGACCAGCUACAGAAGAAUCGCUUUGGAAGUGAGGAUGAUGACCACUACAGGCUGAAUGAUGAACUGCUGCAUUGCAUUCUGAAGACUGUAGUGCGUGAAUCUUGCCUUCUCAUCAGGAAAUGCCAAACACUUGACAAAGAAGAGUUCCAGAAGCUUCUAUCCACUGUGCCUGUGGCUUCACCAAGCUUGCACUACAUUAUGGCUGUUCAGAACCAUUUACUAAGCAAUACUGUCCUGAUCCGGCCCGAUGACAGCGAUGACAGUGACAGCUCCCUGCAAGGGGAAACAAUGAAGGUACAGGAACUGCAGACCAGCAUCCUGUCCUUGGCCUGCAAGAUCCUGGUUGGCUGUGAUGAAGUUCUGGAGACUCUUCAUCAAGUUACCACUGCCCUCAUCAACAGUGACAUUACUGACCAUGAAAGCAGACUAAAAGGACUGGAGCAGGUGACUAAAGCUACAAUGUUGGGCCAUUUAUUACCAGUUCUCUUGACCUCUCUCAUGCACCCCAAUCUGCAAACUCUAUCACUUGCUGAUGCUCUUAUGCCACAACUUGUCCAGCUCGUCCUCUACACCAGUCAGACUGCAUUGCUUCUGAAGACCCAGUCCCCGCUAUUUGUUGAAGGCUCUCCACUGAGGGGUGGCCUAUUAAACCACAGUGCUAAGAUGGCUUGUAAUGAUGAUGGUUUCCAGAUUCUUGAUGAAAGGGAAGAGCCAGGCUUUCUGACAGGACUUAAGAUCCCUGCCCCAUGGGCUGCUGGGAAAACAGUGGAAACUAUCCAUCCAGUUCGUGACAACUACAAAUUUAAAGAGACUGUACAUAUCCCUGGUGCUCGUUGUCUUUAUCUACGCUUUGACCCUCGUUGCUCUUCACAGUAUGACUAUGAUAAGCUUGUUAUCUACGCUGGUCCUAACACAAAUAGUCGCAAAGUGACUGAGCAUGGUGGCAACACCCUGGGUUACGGCAGCCGCAGUGUUCUGGGUACUGGUUGGCCAAAAGAUCUUGUAAAGGUGGAGGGUGACACUGUGACAUUUUCCUUUGAGAUGAGAAGUGGCCGUGAACACAACACACCAGACAAAGCGAUGUGGGGUUUCUCCUGCACUGUCCGAGCACAGGAGUCAUCAGAGGAGGUCUCUGGGGGUCUGCCUUUUCUGGCUGACCUUGCUUUGGGUCUCUCCGUUCUAGCUUGUUCCAUGUUACGCAUACUCUACAACGGCCCAGAGAUCACACGGGAGGAAGAGGCUUGCCAUGACCUACUCUGCUCUAAACUCUUACAGAGAUGCCAGUGGCAGGUAGAAGCCAAUGGUGCCAUCUCUCCGGCUCUUACCCCCUCUCCGUCUCCGCUCCCGCUUACCAUUGACGAAGACCAAGAGUUUACCUACCCAACAGAUGUUCUUGUUCACCCGGCAGGCUUCAUUCCUGGUGUUUAUUGUGAUCUACCACGUAUCCGACUGCCUCCAGGAAUCAUGGGCCGUCUAAGGGAACUCUCUGGCAAGGCUCGACCACAGUUCCGCCCCAGCAUCAAAGAGGUGAUCCGGCCAGAUGUAAUAGAGGAAGUGAUUGUGUCCUGUGUAAUAAAACACCUGGGUCUGAUCGACUCGCUGCAGUCAUUAGUGAACCUGCAGUACAGAGAGGAACACAGAGAGGAGUAUGAGCUGCUGUGCAAAAUCAUGGCUGAGACAUUCAAGAAGAUUAAUGCAAUGGAGAGACAGCUUCAGAGUGUGGCCGAGCUAGAACAGAAAUGGCAGAAUGAGGUUGAUGAGGCUCAACAGGGCAAACUAGAAAAUAACACGCCCUUCUUCAAUGACUACCACUUUUUUGAGAGCAAAAUGAAGGAGCUUGAACUUCUGUGUUCUCUGAAGGAGGUUCCAUUAGAUUGGAGUGAUGUAGAAAAUGCUGUACUCGCAUUAAGGGAGAACUUUUUUCAGGAGGUUAGUUCGAUGCAGCGCUCCAGGUGUGUUGUGCCGCUAGUCAAGACCAGAGCUCUGCUAAAGAGCUUAAUGAAUCGCUCAGAGCUACUGUUGCAUGUCACAAUUUCUCCACACUGCGGGAGCCUAACCACAACACCUACAAGCUCACCAGCCUGUAAAUUGGUGUCGGAUAUGAAGGCUGCUAUGGUGAAGCAGCCAGUUUUCCUGCGCAGUAUGUCUGCUCCUUCUGACCUGGAAAUGAUAGCAAACCAUGAUCUGGAGUUCACACAUGCAACACAGAGGAGGCGCCCUCACCCUGCCGGUAACAGAAGUAGCUCAUUUACACUGCUGCAGUCUCUGGCAGCUGAAGACAGCAGUGAAAAACCUACUUACAGUGUGCUGCUAGGACAACUCUUUGCCUUCAUAGGGACCACCCCCGAUCAUGCAGUGUCUAGUCGAAGUUUUCUGGCAGCAGCUCAGACACGCUGGAGAAGAGGUUGUACCAGGAAGCAGGCUCUGGUCCACAUGAGAGAGCUCCUAACCACAGCUGUUCGAGUCGGUGGAGUAACCCACCUGGUGGGUCCUGUCACUAUGGUGUUACAGGGGGGGCCCAGAAUUGAGGAGCUGACCUGUGGUGGCAUGGUGGGACAGGUUCAAGAGGCCUUUGGACAGACUAUGACCUCCGUUGUAUCUCUGUGUGCCCGCUAUCCUAUUGCCUGUGCCAACAGCAUCGGACUACUCUGCACCAUUCCGUACACCAGGAGUGAGGAGCAAUGUCUGGUACGCAGCGGCCUGGUUCAGUUGAUGGACCAGCUUUGCAGUCUUAGUAGCCAGAGAGACUGCAGCUCCAAUGAGAAGCAAACCAAGAAGCAGAAAGUUGCCACGAUGGCCUGGGCAGCAUUCCAAGUGCUUGCCAAUCGCUGCAUUGAGUGGGAAAAAGUGGAAGGUGGUUCCACAGACGCAGUGCAUUCUGGAUUAGCCCGGCAGGUAUCCAGUCUGUUGACUAAUCACCUAGCAAGAGCUACGGAAUGCUCUGGUAACCAAGCAGCUGGAAAUGAUGCCCUACAAGAUGUACUUAGUCUACUGAAUGACCUGUCUAGGAGCAAUAUAGGCAAAGCAAUUCUGAGCCAGCCAGCCUGCGUUUCCAAGCUCCUUUCACUGCUCCUGGACCAACGUCCUUCCCCUAAACUGGUGCUGAUUAUCCUUCAGCUGUGCCGGGCUGCCCUGCCUCUUAUGAGCGUAGAAGACUGUGGCAAUGUGGCAUUGCCUCCUUGGAGCUACUUCAUCAAUGCCAUGGACACUGAGCAAGAAGAUGCCAGUGACCCAGCUUCCCGCAUUGCAGCACUUCUUCUGGCUAAACUUGCAGACUAUGUGGUGCCAGGCAGCCAGACCCUGCUUUCCCCUGCUUCCUCUGAGCCAGAUACCAGAUUAAUCUGGGCUAGCCCCAUGGGCAAUGUCAAGACAGACAAAGAUGUCGGAGAGGAGGGAGAAGCAGUGGAUGGCAAACUCUCCAUCUUCAUACACAAGAGAGAAGACCAGUCUUCCCAUGAAGUACUCCAGCCAUUACUCAGUAGCUCAGAGGGGCGUCCUUUUCGGCUUGGCACUGGAGCCAACAUGGACAAGGUGGUGAAAAUGGACAGGGAUAUGACCAAGACUGGGUGUUGUGAAGUGGUCACAGAAGAGGCAUCAGCAGCCCUGCGUAAGGCAAAUAAGUGGGCUCAGUCAGGGCUCAUUGUGAGUGUGGGGCCCCCAGUGGAAACUCUAAUUCCAGAGACUUCAGGAGGAAGCACCACUGGAGACAAGAAGAAAAGUGCCCAGAGUGCAGUAUGCAGAGACAGGAAUGCCGAACUUUCCAGGUCUGACCCAGUCCGUCCAUUUAUCAGCGGUCAUGUAGCAAACAGCAUGGCUGCUGAAGUCAUUGCUUUGCUGCACAGUCUACUUACAGCACCGGAGUCAAACACUGCCCAGAUAUGGACAACUACAGCAGAAAAGGUACUGUCCAGGGCCCUGAUGUACAUACCUCAGUUGGGUAAAUAUGCGGAGAGCAUUUUAGAGAGUGCAACUAGCAGUGGUAGAAAGCUGGCCAAGCUGCAAGCGAUCAGCCGACAGGCUGUGGCAGCCUUGUGUGCCCUGGGUGGCUUCAAAGAGACCAUCAAGAUUGGAUCAGAGGUUCAGGUAGCAGGUAAGGGAUUGCAGGGCAGUGUUGGUGUGGUCAUUGCCAUUAAUGAGCAGGAAGGCAUUGCUACAGUGAAAUUCCCCUCCUGUGAUUAUCGCCGUGACUGUAAGGCCUCUGACAUCUUGACUGUACCCAUCUCCCGCCUCUCAACACUUCGGUCAGAGGCUUUGCCACUCUAUAAGCUGUCCAUCACGGAGAAGGUAGUGCAAGCAGUGCAGUCCAUGCUGCUACCACAGGAGGGCAGUCUUUCCAUCCACACCUGCCUACCAGCUUCUGGAGAUGGCUCCAGUUCUGUCAUGGCUGCAGUGCGGUUGCUGGCUGAGAUAAGGACUAGAGCAUGUCUGGUUAUGGCUCAGCUGCUAGAGGACAGUUCAUUCUGUGAGGAGUUUAUCCAGCAAUGUCCUGCUGCUGUAGAAGUUCUCAACUUGGUUGCACAGGAGUGUAGCCCUGGUGAGCGACUGGGCAUGGUGGAGGCUCAGUGUGAAAGACUAAGAAUGUUAUAUCGUGACUGCGCUCGUCCCCCUCCUCCUCCUCCUCCUCUCCAGAUUGACAGAAGACAGCCCAAGCAAAUCACAUGGUGUCCAUCGCGCGUCUUCCCACCAGUACGUGCCUGUAUGUUCUCAUCUCACCAGACCUCUGUGACGUUCCUAGCAGACCCCAGCGCUGGGGGUGGCUUACCUAGAGGGACUUUUAUUUAUGCUACUUCACCAGUUCCUAUCCAGGCUCCAUCAUUUUACUGGGAAUUGGAGAUAGUGUCCUAUGGGGAUUCUGAGGAUGACAGUGGCCCAAUUGUGUCUUUUGGCUUUACCACAGAAGCAGAAAAGAGAGAUGGUGCAUGGACCAAUCCUGUUGGCACUUGUCUCUUUCACAAUAAUGGGAGGGCUGUACACUACAAUGGCUCCAGUUUGCUCCAGUGGAAGAGCGUAAGGCUAGAUGUGGCUCUCCUUCCUGGAAACGUUGCUGGAAUAGGCUGGGAGCGUAUGGAGGGCACACCACCUCCCCCAGGCCAGGCUCCUAAGGGAAGGGUGUACUUCACCUACUGUGGUCAACGCCUUAGUCCUUACCUGGAGGACGUAGUGGGAGGAAUGUGGCCCCUGGUCCACAUCCAAAAGAAGAACACAAAGGUUCGUGCUAACUUUGGGUGCCGGGCAUUUGCAUAUGCGGAGGGGCAGGCACACAGAAAUGCAGCCGACCUCUGCAUGGACCUUUCAGAGGAGAUAAGCGCCAACUUUGAGGCCCUGCCUUUUGCUAUGGCUUCGGACAGUGAUAAUGAUGCUGGUGCCAGUGUUGCAUCCGACUCGGGCUCACACGGACCUCCUUGUCGCAUCGCUGCAGUGUCUACCACUCAACCACAAUAUAACAGUGAUGCUUCCUGCUACUACAAACUUGAGCUGAGCUAUGAGAAUCUUGUAACCUCGGGCCCAGACCCCCAUCCUCCACCUAUUACUGACGAUGAGAGUGAUGACGAGGAUGAUGAAGAUGUGCCAAGAGAGGAUCAUUAUGCCCUGCUUGUUAAAGCAUGGGAGACUAAAGUGUUCCCUACUAUACGUCGCCGCUUCAGGAAUGAAGCCGAGAGGAAAUCAGGACUGGACCAGAUAAAGGGAGCACUCCAACUUGGAAUGGUGGACAUUGCACGACAGACAGUGGAGUUCCUCUAUGAAGAGAAUGGUGGCAUUCCUCGUGAUCUCUACCUCCCCACUAUUGAGGACAUUAAGGACGAGGCCAGUAAAUUUACCAUUGACAAAGUCCGCAAAGGUCUAACAGUGGUUAUACGAUGUCCUGACUGCAACAACACUGGCAGCAGCAUGGGAGGAACAGCCUUACCAAAGUUUGCAAUUCGAGGCAUGCUCAAAACCUUUGGCCUUCAUGGAGCAGUGCUUGAUGUUGAUACUGUAAAUGAUUUGGUCCAGGUGGAGACAUAUCUACGCAGCGAGGGUGUGUUGGUCAGGUACUGGUAUCCCAUUGAGAUGCUGGAGCGCCCACCAGCAGGUUCGCGCAGAACUGCAGCCAAUGGCCUUGUGUCUCUGGAUAGCAGCAACAUUCAAAUUCACAGGGAACUACUGCGUUGUGAGAGUGCUUUGGCGCGUCUGUACUGUCGUAUGGCAUUGCUCAACAUCUUUGCACCCAAGAGUCCUCACACCUUUACACGCCUCUUCCACAUCCCGGCUGUGCGUGACAUUACACUUGAACACCUGGGGCUCUUGUCUAAUCAGUUACUGGCUCCACCUCUGCCAGAUGGCUCCAUUAGCUCAAGCUCCAUCUUGCUGGCCCAGUCUAUGUUGCACAACCUGAAAGGUCAAAGCUGCUCCCCAACUGAACUCUUCUACCAGGGUAAUGCACAGACCAUUCGGGAGUGGCUGACGGUGGCUAUCAGCAGAGCCUUGCACCAGGGAGAGGACAGCUUACUGGAGCUGACCAAGCAGAUCUGUUGUUUCCUUCAGAAUGCUCCAGAACAGUUCACAUCAGAGGAGUUUCUGAUCUCAGAGUCAAAGGUCAGCAUGGAUGUCAGCUUCCCUGGUGCUGCAUUUGUGGUGGUUUCUUGUAAAGAGAAUCAGCUUGGAUGCCGCAAGGAUUCUUCUCUGUAUAAGGCUCCCUGGGCCCGUGUAAUGAUGUAUGGGUUGGGGCACAAGGUCAGACGUAAUGGCCAGCUGAAUCUGAUGGAAGCUGUGUGCUAUCCUCUGGAUGCUUCACCUUCAAAUACAGGCCUUACACCUCCUCCCACAACCAACCAGUACCCUAGCAUCAUUAUCCCAACUGAUAAAGUCCACAUAAAACUGGGAGUGUCCCCACCUCCUGGGGUUGUGCUAGUACUGCAUUCUCUGCCUGUGGAGUUUCCCUUGGCCAUAGCCUUUGCUGAACAGCUGCUGACAUGGACGGUGCGUGAGAAUAGUGAGUAUCCAGAGGAAGAGCUGGACACCAUGCCACCUUCUGUGCUUCUCCAGGUUGUGGAGCUACUUGGUGGGCUUCUGUGGACUAUUGAUCUUACACCUUGUAUCAAGGAGUUCAUCUUCCACCUGCUUGCUGAGCUUUUCCGCAAGAUCCAUCACUUGGAACAGCACAAGGGUCCCUCGGGCCUGUCAAGCUCCAUUGCUCUACUCCUCAAUCCAUGCUUGGCAGUGCUCAUGGCUCUCCAGACAGAACUCCGAAAGCUUUAUGACCAUGAGACGCAGUGCUGGGGGCUGGCUGGUGGAAGCACCUCGGGAAGCUCCUUAGCACUAUCGUCUGAACAAAGCCGCUUCUCCACAUACUUCCAUGCCCUCAUGGAGGUGUGCCUGGCUGUGGCAGAGGUUACCUUGCAGCUUAACGUGGCUGGUGGAGGGUUGGCUGUAAGCAAUAUUUCCUCAUCCAGCACACCCAACCUUAGUGAUUCUUCAUCCUCUUCAUCAUCAUCGCCAGGCCAAACCCCACAAAGCCCAAGUCUGUUGUCAAAGCGCAAGAAGGUCAAGCUGAAGCGAGACCGGGCAACAGCAGCCAUAACUGCUGCAGCCACAGCUUCAGGAAAACGGGGCUCUGUGAGCGGCACAAAGCUAUCAGAAUGUGAUAGUGCUUUAUUGAAUGUGGCUGGAGGAAAACCAGAAGACAUGUUAUGGUUCCACCGUGGGCUAACAUUACUCAUGAUUAUACGGCACCUAACAUACAAGGACCCUCAAGGGUUGAGUGUGACGGGGGAUGCAGUAGCUGACGCCUGCCAGGCCCUGGUCAGUCCAACUGCUCAUAGUCGGUUGCUGGUGCUCUCCGGUAUUCCAACUCACUUGGAAGAAGCUGUGGUGCGUAAUGCAAUCCGAAGGGCUUGCAAUGCACAUGGGGGUCUUUUCAGAGAUGAAAUCUUUAUUCCGCUUCAGGCGGAAGACCUAAAGCAGACCAAAUUAGCUGUGGUCGGAUCUCAGAGCACAGGACCCCAAGAUGAUAGGGCAGAAAAGCUUCACCCAGGCAGUAUGGAAAGUCCAGAUGGUUCCAGUAGUGUAACCCCAGCUCUGAGCAUGACUGCUUCAGCUUCAACUAGCCAGACCUCCAUCUGCAGCUCCUCUCAGGGGGUCUCCAGAACUGCCAGUGAACUUUCUGUGGACCAGGAAUUGUUAGCUGCCACUGUGACACAACCUGUAGCCCCUACCCAGCAACAGGCACCUCUAGACCCCUGUAUUAUCUCCAGUCAGGAAAGCCUUGAUAUUUCUCUUUGUAGUACAGGAAGCCUUGGUAGUCUCAGUAGCUUUGGGGAGCACCUUGAUAGUGGAGAGACAGCUUCAGUUUCAGAUGGUGGAUCCUUGUACGCAGUCACCUCACAAGACACUAAUGCCAGUUUGGCAUGUCCUAUUAAAGGCUAUGCUGUUAUAGAGGUACGGGCCAGGGCCAAGGUGGAGAAGAUUCGUGCAAGUCUCUUCAACAGCAGUGAUCUCAUUGGUCUGUCCAGCCUUGAAGGAGAGGAGGAGUUAAUGGAGAUAACCACUGAAGAGAUCUUGACUGCCUCCAGUGUUAAUCAGAGCCUGUUUGAUACACAAGGCAGUUCUGCACUUGAGGACUACUUUCUUGAUAAAACCAUCAGAGGAGAAAAAUUGGUCCCUGGGGCACGAGAUGUGCUAACUGACAUCUUUAAGAGCUGUGUACACUCUGAGCAGAUGCUAAGCCUUACACCAACCAAGCCCUUGAAAGUGUCCGACAUUCAUCUCAGUAAAGAACAAAUCAGCUCGCAGACACCUGGUAACCUCCUCCAUGUAUUCUUCAACCACAUACGACCUCCUAAGAAAGUGUUUGAAGAUCAGCUCACACAGAUUCUUCGCAAAUAUGGCACAGUCAAGGCCAACAAGUGCAGGUACAGCAAAUCAGGCAAGGAGCAGCUACAGAGUAAAGUGGUCAGCACAAAGAGAUCCAUCAUCAAGCCCCCUAUCAAAGAGAAGUCUGUUCUCAACAGUGUACGGACUGCAUUAAGUGAGAAGAAACCAGUCCUAAAGCCCAAGUCUCCAGAUAAAACUAAGCCUGACGAGAAAGACCCUGAGAAGUUGCCUACCAAGAAGCUAGAAGUUCCAGAAGAGAAGUACUUAACUCUGGAGGGUUUCCAUAAGUUCACUGUUGAUCGAGCCAAACAGGACAUUCGCAGUGUUUGGAGAGCAAUCCUGGCAUGUGGUUAUGACCUACACUUUGAAAGAUGCUCGUGCAUUGAUGCUCGGCAAGCUCAGAAAACUAGCAGGAAGUGGAACUUGGAGAUGGAUGUUGCUCUAGUCCAGUAUGUUAAUCGCCUCUGUCGCCACCUGGCUAUAACACCUGCCCGCCUCCACCCCCAUGAAGUGUACCUGGACCCCACAGAUACAGCAGACCCACGAGUUUCAUGCCUGCUAAGUGUGCCUGUUGAGAGUUUGCGUCUACGCUUUGCCCUACUGCAGUCCCUUAACAAUACCCUGGAGGGUUUCUUUCUGCCACUUGUGGAGCUAAGGCAGACACAUACCUAUCAGAACAGUAUUGCUGCCCUGCUGUGCGAGGCUAAAGGCCUUAUUUUUUAUGACACUAAAGUAGCCAUUAUGAACAAGGUGCUGAAUGCAACAGUACAGCGCACUGUUGACCAUGCUGCCCCCGAGAUCACACUGGAUCCUCUCGAGCUAGUGGGAGGUGAGAUCCACUCCUCAGAGAACACCUACUUUUGCCAGUCAGCUCGGCAGCUGUCUAAUGUUCCCUCAUCUCAGCUGUGUGUGAAACUUGCUAGUGGAGGAGACCCCACCUAUGCCUUCAACAUCCGCUUUACUGGAGAGGAAGUUCAUGGCACUAGUGGUUCAUUUCGCCACUUCCUGUGGCAAGUCUGCAAGGAGCUGCAAAGCAACAUCUUAUCUUUGCUUAUGCCAUGUCCCAGUUCUGCCAGUAAUCGCAGCAAGGGGAAGUACAUCCUAACGUCUGGCUCCAUCACUUAUGCUGAAGAACAGCUGCUGCAUUUCUUUGGUCAGCUGCUGGGAAUUGCCAUCCGUGCAGAUGUGCCUUUACCUCUGGAUUUGCAGGGUUCCUUCUGGAAAGGUCUAGUUGGUGAUGACCUAGACCAAGAAACAGAUCUACAAGAAGCUGACCACCUUACCUACAACUAUGCCAAGAAGUUUGAUAGUGUGACUGAUAAGGCUGAGUUGGAAGCGCUAUGCACAGAAAUCUCAUCACAGAGCCACUCAGGUGAAAGCCCUGACUCACCCAGCCGGCCAUGCUGUACCUUCACCUAUGUCACCAUGACAGGCGAGGAGGUGGAACUGUGCCAGGAUGGGCAUAAUCUUGCCGUCAGUUGGGAGAACAAAGACUUGUAUGCUCAGGCAGUACGUGCCUUGCGUCUGCGGGAACUGCAGAAUGUGGAGCGUAUGAGUGCAGUUCGUGCUGGCUUGGGCUCCAUUAUCCCUCUGCAACUUCUCACAUUGCUCAGCCCCUUAGAGAUGGAACUGCGUACUUGUGGUCUCCCCUACAUCAACCUGGAAUUCCUUAAGGCUCAUACAAUGUAUCAAGUGGGGCUGAUGGAGACUGACCAGCACAUUGAGUUCUUCUGGACAGCACUGGAGAUGUUUACACAAGAAGAGCUCUGUAAGUUCAUUAAGUUUGCCUGCAAUCAGGAGCGGAUACCCUUCACUUGCCCCUGCAAGGAUGGUGGGCCAGACACUGCUCAUGUGCCUCCUUAUCCCAUGAAAAUUGCCCCUCCAGAUGGUGCAGUGGGUUCGCCUGACUACCGUUACAUUCGAGUAGAGACCUGCAUGUUUAUGGUGAAGCUGCCCCAGUAUUCCUCUCUUGAUGUGAUGCUGGAAAAGUUACGUUAUGCUAUACACUAUCGUGAGGACCCUCUGAGUGGCUAAAGGAUUCCAAAACACAAAUAUACACACACACACACCACACAUUCAUGUUCACUCCCACCCAGAAAUUUUAAGAAAGACCGAUUCUGCUGGAAGUAUGGACUCAUUGAAUGAUCCCUUUUAUUUUAGCUUGAUUGUUGAAACUUCAGCCCAAACUUCUUGCCUUUUAAACAGACCAGUGUUUUGUUUUCUGGAUUGCAUUGAGUUGAAUUACACUUUUAGGUGGAACCUACAUGAUGUAUCUGAUGGUAGUUAAUGCAUCAUUAGAUAAUAUGGAGAAGAAUAUGGAGCUGCACUUUUAUUUUCCUUAUUCCCCCAUGGUUUCAUAUUAUUUACUUCCCUGCGCUUUAUUGCUACCCUUUAAAUGCUCUUUUUAUUUCUCUUAUAAAUUAAAUGACUUUCAUUUCUUAUGCGCCGUUAUAACUGCAAUCUUGCAGUGGUGGUGGGGGGUAAAAUUGGGAUGGAAGGGGGAUGGCAAAUAUUAUUAUUAUUAUUAUUAUUAUUAUUAUUAUUAUUAUUUUAUUUAUUUAUAUUUUUGGGGCACAGCAUAUAGGACCUUAGGUUUUCCCACAUCUGUGAUGACCCAUUCAUUUACACACACACAUUUAGAAGAAUAAAGCAAAUGGCUGAAAAAUCCCCACUUUAUUGGAUGAUUAAGAAAUUCAUAAAUAAAUGUAAAAAAAAAAAAUUGUAUCAUAACACAACAGCAGCUCUCCCAUGCAACUUGCCCAUUAAUACAAGACAGUAAGAGCCAGAUGCUUUUACGGUAGAAAAUUUGAGGAGUUAUAUAUGCAUACUGGGGAAUGGUGAUUUCAAGAAAUGUAUAAAGUCAAGAAAUUUAUUCAUAUUUGGGUGGUUACCACAAUGGAAUGUUUAAAUUGACUUCUAACAAAUGUGCUGUUAUUGUAAAAAUAUUGCAUGCUCUCUCUCUCCCCCCCCCCUCUCUCUCUCCCCCCUCUCUCUCUCUCGCGCUCUCUCUCUCUCUCUCUCUCUCUCUCUCUCUCUCUCUCUCUCUCUCUCUCGCUCUCUCUCUCUCUCUCUCGCUCUCUCUCUGUGUGUGGCCAUUGCAUUAUUGCUGUCCACCAUUUUAUUUUUGGUUCUGAGUGGUGAUCUUAACAUCUCACUUAGCAUCUCCCCCUUUGCUUAAAUAAGGUUAUGCUUCUCAGCCCCCAUUCUGGUAGGAACAGCACUGCAUAGUACCAUUUACUAUUAUAAAAUGUUACUGAGCUUCGGCUUGGCUUGCCAUUUUUGUUGUUUGUGUGCUGGAUUUGCACAAGAAUUCAGUCUUUUAUUAUUAUUAUUAUUAUUAUUAUUAUUAUUAUUAUUAUUAUUUUAUAAUUUGCUUUAUUUGUAAUUUUGUCAUUACCAGAUUUUUUACAUUAUUGUUUCUGCCUAAAGUAUAUAGGGAAAAACGGAGAAGAAGAAAAAAAACCCCAUUAGUUUGAACAAGGAACGGUUCUUUUGUCUUUUGAAUCCUUUUAUAAAGCUUAGAAAUAGUUAGGAACACUACUUAAUUAUAAUCAAGUUGGAGUGUGCUGUUCCUUCUAAUGCUUGUGUUUGCAGUGUUUUAUUGUGCGUCUUCAAUGGAGCCAUUGUAACAUUGAUGCCACUUGGAGAAUGCUACCGAAGACCUCCCCCAGAAUGUUCGAAAUAGAGUUUAGACUCUUAAUGCUGUACAUUUUGGUGUGAUUGCUGCUAUUAAAGAUACUCCAUCCUCGUUUCUCUUGACCUUUCAGAGGAAGAAUAUUAAUGUUUGUUAGAAGGCAUCCACAGAAAACAAACGAUCUGUGCUGUACAUUAACCUGAUAUUUAUUACAAUUAUUUAUGGUUGCAUUAACUUCUCUUUCUUACAUCUACACAUCUGGAAUAUAAUAGAAUAUAAUGCAGAUGUGAGAAUUCCAGUUCAGUGAUAUUGAUUUCUUAAUCUCUGUCACAGAAUAUAAAUAAAAAUGUAUUGAUGUA